CUUGUGUUGUGAGGACAUAAUCUGAAAUACAAAACGUUGCGUCUGUAAACACGCGUUGAAAGUUACUUCCUUGUUGGAUAUAUCCCGUAGCUCAUGGAAACAAACGUCCGUUUGAAUAUUGAACAAACAAACGUGUGUAUUCGAUAUUUCAGAAUGACAGGUCAUUCCACCGUCGCGUUACUUUCUUUUCGCUCUUCUUCAGCCUAUUCAGAUAUUAUCGUCUCCGGAGUCUAACGUGCUGCGACGUAAAUCAAAAUCUCACGGGAUUUGCAUAAUUUAAGCUGCAAGGCGUCUCGCCUUUAUAUCGUUAAAGUUCACAGCACGACAAACGUUCGCGCAUAGAGAGAACGAAUAAUGAAUGACAAAUAUUCGGAGUUUGCGGAAGACGCGGAGGAGCCAUCCGUCACGUCGUUGGAUCCAAACGAGCGGAAAUUAGCGCGCCAACUUCGUAUUAAGCGACGUCUAGAGGCGCUAACUAAACAGACACGUGAUGAAGAGGAGGAAAUUGUCGAGAGGACUCUCACCGAAAAGCAGAUUCUCGCUAGUUCUGAACUCUUGGAAAAAUUAUCAGUCGAAGGGGAUGAAGUGGUAUCUUGCGUAAAAAUCGCAAACGAUGCUAGAGAAUUACAACGACGGAGGAAAGAGCAGGAGAUUAUGAAAAUAUUGCUGCGAAAGCUCGAGGAAGACGAUGAGGAAUGUACGAGAAGAUACAAGAAGAUCAACGACAAGUGGUCGAGUAUUCUCGCAUCUAAGGAUCCAUUGGACAUACACGCGGAGAUGGAGGCUCAAAAUGCAAAGUGUUUGGAAAUUAUGGCGAGGAAGGACGCCGUAAUCGCGGAGUUGCGACGAGAAUUGGAGAAUGCUGACCUUCAAUUCAUCGAUGACCAGAAGAGUCAGAACGAGGACAUAGAUUUAUUGAUCGAUAGAAUGGAUAAACAAAUCAAUCUCAUGGCUAAAGCCUACCGACGUGAACUGUCGCUCAUCAAUAAAGUGAUCGAGUCGGAGCGCAAAGUUCUGCUGAAAAAUAUCACGGAGAAAUGGGAAGCAAUGUAUAAAAAGUUACAAGAAGGUAGUCUCGUGGGAUUGGACAGGCGGAAAGAAAUAAUACACGAUUAUGAAGAGGAGAUGAAGAAAGUCAUAAUUGAGCACCAGGAAGAAUACCGCACUCAAAGGAUCACCUUCGAGCUCGAGAUUCAGAAGCUUCAGCAAGAGGUGCAGAACACGAAAGCUCUGUGUUUCAUGAACAUCGAGAAGCUGGAUUAUAGUUAUGCCGUGCUUAAACGUCGCGAGGACGAGAAUGCUAUAGUAAAAAAUCAGCAGAAGAAGAGGCUUAAUAAACUUCAAGAUGUCAUUAAUGCUUUGAAAAGAGAUUACGUGGAGUUAGAAGAAAACUCAAGAAUUGAAAUAGAAAGACUUACCGACCAAGUUGUGAAAGCACGCAAGAAUAUUCUGGACUUAGUGGAGAAAUCGAAUCAUUUCACGAGCAUUAAUGAUAAGAAAUAUAUGCAAAUUUGGGACAUGAACGUGAAAAAUGCAAAUGGAUUGCUCAACAAGAUUUUAGCCGCUGACAAGAUCAUAUAUGAACAAGCGUUGGGCAUGGAAUGGAGUUUACCUAAGGAAACUUUAUUGAAGAAAGAAGAUCUGCCAUCUUAUUGUAGAGUAAUAUGUACCAUAGAAGAAAACAAGUUGGCUGCUGAAAAAAGAUUAACAUGUAAAUCUUACAAACCGGUCAGCACCAUUGAGGAAAUCAAUUUAGAAAGACGGUUACUGAAUCAUAUAAUGAAACUGAUCGCUGAUCGUUGCGAUUAUUUGAUCGAAGAUAAAUUGCUCCAACUGCUUUUACCUUAUACUACGAAUGAUCAGUUAGUCAUACGACUAGCUAAUAUAUUUCAGGCACUAAGUAUUAAAUCCGAAGAGAUGCUCGGCUUCCUCUUGAAUUUCUUUUUACCCUACGCAUAUUGUCCAACAUGUGCAAGCCAGGAUAAGAGUGAAUCUAUUCGUGAUGAAUCUACUAAAUCGUCCUCUUCCAGUCCAAAAACCAGCGUUGGACAAAUAAAUAUCUGCGGCUCUCCUGAGGAAUUCACAGAGGACGAAGCGAAACUAAUCGCCGCUGUGAAAGAAGCAAUCUGUGAGGAAAAAUUAUCUACUCCUAACGACGAUGCGCCUAUUAUAAGUAUUUCGCCUCACAGUUCCUCAAGUGAAACAUUACUUCCUAUCGCAGAAUGUACUUCGAUCUCUGUCAACUCUGUUAGCGACAUUACUAAAGAUGACGAUCAAAUGCAGCAACGUUUGGUGUGCGAUAAAGGACACCUGCUGGAAAUUGAAACAACGUUUGUCAUAAAAGCCUUGCAAGAAUUGUUAGAAGGAUAUCACUUUGUCAAAGAAGUGCCGCAGACCUUCCAGGAAAAGUUAAUAGCAAAAACAGCAAUUGUGUCACGAAGUAUGACUUGCGAGGAUGUAAAAAACUUUUGGGCACGAUAUACUGAAAUUUUUCCCAUAAAGAAGGAGCGACUGUGGGAUGGCUUAUUGGUUGGACUUAAAAAAUAUCACGAAAUAUUAAAGGAACGACAUCAGUUAAAUACUGAAACGGAAUCAUUACGACGACAAAAUGCGGAAUUACGUCGUUUAUUGAAAACAUACGUGAUCGAGGUAGCAUAUAGAGCUUUUCUUUCUUAAUGUAAAGUACACUUUCUUUAACGUUUAAAAGAAAUACAUAUUAUCGUACUGAGUGG